GCGAAAGCGUGGCAGGGGCGGGCUCCGGGAAGCGGAGGAGGCGGGUCUCCAAGGAGACCGCCACCUGUUUCCGGCGGGCGCGGGCGCGCGCAGGGGCUGCGCCGGGGGCCAGGCUCGGCGCGUUCCCGGCGGCCCCUGCGCGCGCGGCGGGGGUUGUACACAAUCAUCAUGGCGGCGGCCGGGGCCCCGGAUGGCCUGGAGGAGCCCGGCAUGGACGCGGAGGCCGAGGCGGCGGCCGGCGAGGCGCCCGCGCGGCCCCUGCUCUGCCUGGAGGCCGAGGCGGCGGCGGGGGCGGCGGCGGAGGGCGCGGGCGCGGCGCGAGGCAGCCCGCAGCCCGCCCCGGCCCAGCCCCCCGGGGACCCCGCGGCCCAGGCCUCGGUCAGCAACGGCGAGGACGCGGGCGGCGGCGCGGGCCGGGAGCUGGUGGACCUGAAGAUCGUCUGGAACAAGACCAAGCACGACGUGAGGUGCCCGCUGGACAGCACCGGCUCGGAGCUCAAGCAGAAGAUCCACGCGAUCACAGGUCUCCCGCCGGCCAUGCAGAAAGUCAUGUACAAGGGCCUCGUCCCCGAGGACAAGACGUUGAGAGAAAUAAAAGUGACCAGUGGGGCCAAGAUCAUGGUGGUUGGCUCCACGAUAAAUGACGUUUUAGCCGUGAAUACGCCCAAAGAUGCCGCCCAGCAGGACGCCAAGGCCGAGGAGAACAAGAAGGAGCCGCUCUGCAGGCAGAAACAACACAGGAAAGUGUUGGAUAAAGGGAAACCUGAAGAUGUGAUGCCCUCUGUGAAGGGCGCCCAGGAGCGCCUGCCCACCGUCCCCCUGUCCGGCAUGUACAACAAGUCGGGAGGCAAGGUGCGACUCACCUUCAAGCUGGAGCAGGACCAGCUGUGGAUCGGCACGAAAGAGCGGACCGAGAAGCUGCCCAUGGGCUCCAUCAAGAACGUGGUGAGCGAGCCCAUCGAGGGACACGAGGACUACCACAUGAUGGCGUUUCAGUUGGGCCCCACGGAAGCCUCUUACUACUGGGUGUACUGGGUUCCAACUCAAUAUGUGGAUGCAAUCAAAGACACUGUGCUGGGGAAGUGGCAGUAUUUUUGAAAGCACUUUCACCUCUGGCCCAGGAGACUGACCCAAAGUGAAGGACAUUGCUGGGAGAGGCCUGCAGCAUCCCCGGAUUUCAGAGUUCUGGAACUUGAUUCAAAAACAAAAA